CAACCACAUAAUCAUGCACACACACACAUACCAACACACGCAUGCAUGCAUAUACAUACAUACACACGCGCUCAACUGGCCGACCGACUAAACAGAUAGCUCUGGUCGUUGGCCAUCACAAAACAUCUGCCGUACGUUCCUCGACCGCCUGUGAUUGUGAUUUGAAAUAAUUGUGCUCGGUGUUGCAGUGUAGCAGUGCAGUGAUUUACCCAGUGCACCAUCGGGCCCAGUGUCCACGCGAACGGACAACACUUCUGUGCGUAGGGGGACAUACAUUUCGUUUUUACGACCAACAACUGCAAACACACACACGCACACGAUCGUACAUAUUUAUAUACAUAUACUAAAGCACAUGCAUACAUCUAUAGAUUCACACACAUAAACAUCCAUACGAAACACACAUUUUGUAACGCCGCAACCAUUAAUACGAGAGUGCUGUAACAGCAACAGGCUUUCCUCGCUCAUCACACGUACAGCCGCGCAUUCUGCGCCCGCACUAAUUUCCAUCCCCUGUGCAUGCCCGUCCCAACGCUACCUCUUCUGCAUCUUCCUUCCUCACACACAAACCGACCGAAAAUCGUUCGCCGUCUGCACCGUCCCCCCACCACCAUCGUCGUCGUCGUCCCAUCGGUCACUGCCAACAAAAGAAAAACAUACGCACACAUGCAUACAGCAGCCAGUGAUUACAACUGACGAAAAAGUACAUAUAUAUAUCAAAUGCAAAUAUUUACGUCAAAAUAAAUAGAUUUCAACGACUUUUGGGACACGCCGAACGACCAAUCGGAAUCCUCUGAUCACCGAUCGUCGCGCGAACUACGACACAGAGAGUUCACAUCCAUGCCGGAUAUCAUUGGAUACAAUAACAACCAUCACAUAAACAAGACAACAGCCCUGAGAAAGCAGUAUGUGUCCAUUCCUAAAGAGAUGUCGAUAGCGAGGAUGUGCUGUAACAUGUAAAUAGGACCUAAAGCAUAUGUGGCGACGAUGACGGAUGAAGGUGGAGCCUGGUUAGGGCGCUGAAAUCUCGUCCCACAUGGCUUACCAUGGGGGCCGUACAUCGUUGCCGCGCGCGCACCGACCGCGGGCGCCUAUCAUGAGCGUCCCGGCGCCCAUGACAGCACCAUUAGCACCAUUGCGUCAGGUCCAACAGCAACAGCAGCAGCAGCAGCAUCCGUCGUCAGCACAGGUUCCGCAACAACUGCAGCAGCAUCAGUCAGGUGGUGGUGGAGGAGGAGGAGGAGGAGGUAACAGCGGCUUACCGCAAGUUUCGUUGUCGGCACCUCGUCCGGAUUGCGAAAGGACAACCAAUGAAUAUGUCGAGACGCCGUUCCGAGUGCAGCCAUUCGUGCCGCCGGCGAGUCCGCCGCCCCCGCCCCGGGCCCAAAGGCCUACCCGCUUGCCCAUCUCGCCGCCGGUCCUGCAGCCGAUCACGAAGCAGCCGGCGGCGACGGCAUCGUUCACGAAACCGCUGCCGCCGGCCGAAUGCAAUUCCCGCCAAUCAAUCAUCUGUUCCGAAUGCGGCAACUGUCGGUGCACCUCGUGCCAACAGCCCAAGCCCUUACCUGAAUGCUGGCUGUGCGAGGAGAAGUGCCUAUGUUCGGCGAACACCAUCAUCGAUUACGCUUCGUGUCUGUGCUGUGUCAAGGGAUUGUUCUAUCAUUGCUCCGAAUCGGACGGUGGGACUUCUUGUGCGGACAAUCCUUGUGCUUGUGGUCCUGAUCGCAGGACGGCUCGAUGGGGCUGCUUGGCGGCCCUUAGCUGUCUGCUGCCCUGUCUUUGGCUCUAUUGGCCUCUGCAGUGCGGAAAGAGGGCGGUGGAGGCCUGCUAUGCUAGGCACUCGAGGCAGGGCUGCAAGUGUCGACCCAAGAACACGCCACACCUCAACACCCCCGAGAAACGUUUGCUCGACGCAAGUUCAGACUUCUAAACGAAAAGUGCUAAAAAGGACUAACUAUUCUAUUGCAGAAGCAAAUAUACAUUAUAUUAAUUUAUUUUUUUCUUUUAUCAUUUGUAAAUAUGGGGUUGUAUAACUGUAUAAAGAUUUUUUUUAAACGACUGUUUAAAAACUGUGCUUUUUGGGUCCGCCAGUGCCCUGUGUCCUCUCUUCAACAACAACAACAGCAACAAUAACAACAACA